GCGUAGCAGAGGGGAGAAGUCAACGAGCCCAGCGAGAGGGAAAGCGAAAUAAAUAAGGGGCCGAGAACCACAAAUCGAAUGCACAAUUUCCCAGAUUGAGAGCAACAGUAAAUAUUCCCUAACUCCCUGCACUUUUUCCCAAGGAGUCUUAUAAAUUGGAUGAGAGAUUAUGGAUGAUGUCUACCAUUACACUCGCAGUCUUGUCUGGGAAGAACUGGAGUCAGAGAAGGGAGCGCCUACCGCUGCGGGGAUUGCCAGCACCGGGAUGCAGCAUCAUGGAAUUGGGGCGGUCGGGGGACCUGGACCGGUAGACGAGUCGUCGGAUAGCGAAGGAGAACAAGAAGGGCCCCAGAAACUCAUCAGGAAAGUGUCCACCUCCGGCCAGAUUAGAAGUAAGACUAGUAUCAAGGAAGGAAUACUACUGAAACAGACCAGCUCAUUCCAGCGCUGGAAGAAGAGGUAUUUUAAGCUGCGAGGAAGAACACUUUAUUAUGCCAAGGAUGCCAAGUCUCUCAUUUUUGACGAAGUCGAUCUGUCAGAUGCCAGUGUUGCUGAAUCAAGCACAAAAAAUGUCAACAACAGCUUCACGGUAAUUACACCGUUCCGGAGGCUCAUUCUUUGUGCGGAGAACAGAAAGGAGAUGGAGGACUGGAUCACCUCAUUAAAAUCUGUUCAGUCUAGAGAGCAUUACGAGACGGCACAGUUUAAUGUGGAACAUUUCUCAGGGAUGCACAACUGGUAUGCCUGCUCCCAUGCUCGGCCCACCUUCUGCAACGUGUGCCGGGAUAGUCUCUCUGGGGUCACCUCUCACGGGCUCUCCUGUGAAGUUUGCAAGUUUAAAGCACACAAGAGAUGUGCUGUCAGGGCCACCAACAACUGCAAAUGGACAACGCUGGCCUCUAUUGGCAGAGAUAUCAUAGAGGAUGAGGACGGGAUUGCAAUGCCUCAUCAGUGGCUUGAAGGAAACCUCCCAGUUAGUGCCAAGUGUGCUGUGUGUGACAAGACAUGUGGCAGUGUUCUCAGGCUCCAGGACUGGCGCUGCCUCUGGUGCAAAGCUAUGGUGCACACUGCCUGCAAGGAUAUUUAUCCCCGAAAAUGCCCCCUGGGUCAGUGCAAAGUGUCCAUCAUUCCUCCCACUGCUCUCAACAGCAUAGACUCUGAUGGCUUCUGGAAAGCCACCUGCCCGCCAUCUUGUGCCAGUCCACUGCUCGUAUUUGUGAACUCCAAGAGUGGGGAUAAUCAGGGCGUGAAGUUUCUUCGCAGGUUCAAACAGUUACUAAAUCCUGCUCAGGUGUUUGAUUUAGUAAACGGAGGACCUCAUUUAGGUUUGCGCUUGUUUCAGAAGUUUGACAAUUUUCGGAUCCUGGUGUGUGGUGGGGAUGGUAGCGUCGGCUGGGUUUUGUCAGAAAUCGACAAACUGAACCUUCACAAACAGUGCCAGCUUGGAGUCUUGCCCCUGGGCACUGGGAAUGACCUUGCACGUGUCCUGGGCUGGGGUGCGUCGUGCGACGAUGACACGCAGCUUCCUCAGAUCCUGGAGAAGUUAGAGAGAGCCAGCACAAAAAUGCUUGACAGGUGGAGCAUCAUGACAUAUGAAAUUAAAAUACCUCCGAAGCAGAGCUGUCCUGCCACCCCAGAAGAGGGGUCAGAAGAAUGCCCGUUCCAGAUCUCAGCAUAUGAGGAUUCAGUUGCUGCUCACCUAACAAAGAUCCUCAACUCUGACCAGCACUCCGUGGUCAUAUCAUCUGCUAAGGUUCUGUGUGAAACUGUCAAGGACUUUGUUGCCAAAGUUGGGAAAUCCUAUGAGAAAACCACGGAGAAUACAGAUGAGGCCGAAACAAUGUCUUUGAAAUGCACAAUCCUCAACGAGAAGCUAGAUUCCCUCCUGCAGACCCUAAACGCUGAGGCCCAGGCAGUUCCUCACCCGCCUCACGGCCCCCCGCCCAUUGUGGAGGAGGAGGGGGAGGAGCUGGAGGAGGUGCUCGAGGAGGAAGAGGAGCUGGAGGAGGAGGAGCUGAGCGAAGAGUCCCUGACAGAGCUGAAGGAGAAGCUGGAAGAAAACCUCACCGAGAAGACGUCCCCCCAGAAGUUCUUCAAGCCCAGGGAGCAGCUCAUGCUACGGGCCAACAGCCUGAAAAAGGCAGUGAGGCAAAUAAUAGAACAAGCCGAGAAAGUGGUGGAUGAGCAAAAUGCUCACACUGAAGAACAAGAUGUUCAGUCUCCAACAGAGUUUAAGAAAGAGAACGAGGAAGAUAACAAAGAUGAUGAUAAGGAUGAAGACACAAAGGAACUGGAGUCUCAAUCAUCAGCCAAGACCACUCCCUGCUCCCCCCCUGAGAGGCGCAUCAGCCGUAGUACCCAGUCCUGCACCGGCUCCUUCUCCAUCUCCCCCUUCACCACCAGCAAAGAGAACCUGCCUGUGCUCAAUACCAGGAUCAUCUGUCCAGGUUUAAGAGCUGGCUUGGCAGCCUCCAUUGCUGGCAGCUCCAUCAUCAGUAAGAUGUUACUGGCCAACAUUGAUCCCUUUGGAGCCACACCUUUCAUUGACCCCGACCCCGAUUCACUAGAGGGAUACCUGGAGAAGUGUGUCAUGAACAACUAUUUUGGAAUUGGAUUAGACGCAAAAAUCUCACUGGAGUUUAACAAUAAGCGAGAGGAACAUCCUGAAAAAUGCAGGAGCCGCACAAAAAACAUGAUGUGGUACGGUGUGCUUGGAACAAAAGAGUUACUGCAGAGGACGUACAAGAAUCUCGAACAGAAGGUUCAGCUGGAGUGCGAUGGACAAUAUAUCCCACUCCCUAGCCUCCAAGGAAUUGCUGUGUUGAACAUUCCCAGUUAUGCUGGUGGGACUAACUUCUGGGGAGGAACCAAAGAAGAUGAUAUCUUUUGUGCGCCGUCUUUUGAUGACAAGAUCUUAGAGGUGGUGGCAGUUUUUGGGAGCAUGCAGAUGGCGGUGUCAAGGGUCAUCAAACUUCAGCACCACCGGAUAGCCCAGUGCCGAUCAGUAAAGAUCACAAUAUUGGGAGACGAAGGGGUUCCUAUACAAGUGGAUGGAGAAGCCUGGAUUCAGCCUCCAGGAGUCAUUAAAAUCCUUCAUAAGAACCGGGCCCAGAUGCUGACACGCGACAGGGCCUUUGAGAACACACUGAAGUCCUGGGAGGACAAGCUGAAGUACGACAAGCCAGCACUGCGGCCCCACCUCUACCCUCAGCAGUCAGUGGACUUGGCCACAGAGGAGGAGGUGACCCUUAUUCAGAUGUGUGCGCGGGCCGCCGAGGAGCUCAUCACUAGAAUCUGUGAAGCAGCGAAAACCCACAGUCUGCUGGAGCAGGAGCUGGCCCACGCAGUCAACGCCUCCUCCCAUGCACUCAAUAAAACACAUCCCAAGUUCCCGGAGAGUCUCACGAGGAACACGGCGAUUGAAGUUGCAAGUAACGUGAAAGCUUUACAUAACGAAACGGAGUCCUUACUGGUCGGACGAGUUUCUCUGCAACUGGACCAUCCGCAUGAGGAGCUGCUUUCAAGUGCCCUGCACAGCGUUGAGCUCGAGCUCAGGAAACUGUCUGAGAUCCCUUGGCUUUAUCAUAUCCUUCAGCCAAACGAUGAAGAGGAACAAUCACUGGAAUAUGGCAAAAGGAACAGCAGAAGCACUAUGUUUCGUAUAGUGCCAAAAUUUAAGAAGGAAAAACCCCAAAGACACAAGUCCAGCCCUCAGUCAGUUCAAAGGUGGGGCACUGACGAAGUGGCUGCUUGGCUGGAUCUGCUCAGCUUGGGAGAGUACAAAGAAAUCUUCAUCCGCCAUGACAUCCGAGGCUCUGAGCUGUUGCACCUGGAAAGGCGCGACCUGAAGGACCUGGGGAUAACGAAGGUGGGACACAUGAAGCGAAUUCUUCAGGGAAUUAAAGAACUCGCAAAGAACACCCUGUUGGAGCUGUGAUGUACCAGGGCCAACCGGCGUAACGGAGGCCAGCUUCUGAGUGUUUCGCGCACACAACUUUGAGGAGCCCCUAACUUAAGGGGUAACAUAGUCCGAGAGCCUGGUACAGAGACUGGGAGGAGUAAGAGGGGGAAGAAAGUUGUUUUGAUAGUUAAUCUUUUGCUAAAAGGAAUGACUGCACUCUGCUUAAAGGAUUUCAAAGUCUGUGCCAAAAAGCAAGCAAGGACUCGAGAGACGUAAUGAUGUUGGAGGUUGUCAAUCUUUUUUAAAAGCCAUUUUAAUGUUCUUCAUGUAUGGCACAAACAGGUAUGCAACUGUUGGUAAAAAAGCAGAGGCUGCAUUACCACAGACACACAAGAGGUAGCAAAACAUAGGACUUCCAUAAAGACAGCGUCAUCAAUUUUGCAUAUGGCUUCAUUAUAGCAAGUCAACAUAUCACUUUACAGUAGACCGCUAGCUUUUGGUAAUGUGAUGCAACAUUUUAGGUAUAACUUGUUUACAUUGUACAAUGGUAAGGUGACCAGUGGUUUAUCUUUAUUCAAACUGUGGUGGAGGAAACAGAAAAGAUAGAUUAGUGACCAAAAUAGUGAAAAGGUUCAGAAGCGGUGAAAUAACAAUGCAUGGUGUGCCUGCUUAAUUUGGUAUAUCUUUUACUGCAUGAUAAAUGUUUGAUUUUUUAUGUACAAGAAGAACACUUGAACAAGUUUUAUAUCGAUUUAAUAUCCUGUAAUUUACUACUGAAGUAUCUCUUUGCUCUAAAGUAGCCUUUUUCUAUUCUUGCAUGAACCUACUCUGUGUUAAGGAAUUGUGCGAACUGUAGCAUCUGUGCCAUAUCCUGAAGGGUAGUUAUUGUAUAGCACGUUUCACAGAUUGCCAUACUUUUUUUUAAACAAUAACUUUGCCCAGAACAUUUCAGAACCCGGAAGGACACUGUCAGUCGAAUGAUUUCUUUUUCACAAUAUUUUGUAACUGUGAAAACCAGUACCAAAGUGAAAUGUUCUUUUACAUUUCAGUGUAUUUAGAGUUGAUUCCUUCCUCGCAUUGACAUUAGAAUGUCAAUUGUUCUCAAAACUCACAUUAGAUCUAAAGUCCCUAAAUCUUCCACUAAAUGAGAGAACUAAUCCCUUAAACAGAGGACAUUUUACAACUGAAAUUAAAGCCAAAAGAUGAAGGACUGUUCAAAAGAGUUAAAGAUAUUAACAAUUUACUGUUUCAUGAGGAAAUACUCAGGCACCUAUUGCCAAUGCUGAAAUAGUAAUAGUGUUAGAAUAGUCUUUGAAAGAAUUUAGUGGAUGAAUAAUGUUUGCACCUUCAAGUUGUAUUUUUUCUGUUGUACUUAAAACAAACAUCAUAGACACACAGUUCAGUCUGUUGCUAAAUUAACUGCAAUGUGGUAGCUUAUGCACUAAUCUCAAACAUUUCUAAAUAUAAUAUAUAAGUACAUAAUAAGUAUAUUCUGUAUGUUGGUUAAAUUACAGAAAUUAUGCAGUUGAGCUGCGACACACUUUUAAGUGCUGCUUUGUUGUUGGAGCAUGCAGUGUAACUUAAGCUAGCACAUUUAUAAGACUCACUGUACUAACUAAAAGUAGGUUUAAGCAUUGCAGGGCAUAUUGUAUGAUGCUAAGGUUUUAUCACAUAAUGCAAUGAAAAUGUAUAUUGGUAAAGUUGUUAUUUAUAAGCUUUUUUAGUAUUUGAUGUAUUAACGCUCACUGCACCAGAGCGCAUUUUAAGUUAGAAAUGGCAAUUUUAGGGAUUUAUUCUGUGUGUUAAAUUUAUAUGCUGAUAAAGGUGCAAUAUUCUAUUUAUUUUAACUUUUUUAAAAGGUAUAAUUUAAUUUUUCAUUUGUAGCAAAAAGCGAUUUUCCUGUUCCUCUCUUUAUAGAUAAAUGGUGAACCAUUAGAAAAUGAUAAAUUUAUCCAGAAACACUUCCAUAAUUCUGUUGAUUAUCCUGUUGAACUAUGCUUCCUUAAAUGUUUGCCAAAUGUGAAAAGGGUCCAUGUGUCCAUCAUAUUGUCACCACAAUCUUUCACAGAAGAUUGACAUGUUGUUUUUUAGUAAAUGCAGUCAUUUCAUGGACUGUGACAGAGUGUCGCAGGUCCUUUAGUGAUACAUUUCCCCUUUCACGGAACUUGAUUUAUAUCGAUUCAUUGUGGUGAUGAACUGCUGUACCUUUGAAAUGGAAGUGCUAUAAAUUCCUGAUUCCUGUAGGGGGCGCAGAACUCACACACUGUAAAUCCAUCAAACGAAUGAUUCAUUUCAUGUAUUAUAAGGAGCAUAAUGCCUACUACUUUAUGCUUGAGACCCUACAUACCUUAUAUGCAGCACAUUGAAGUGCAAAUCUAAGAGAAAGACAACUUCUUGCUGUAGCCACAAUCGUAUGUCUGUACAAUGAUUUUCUGUGUCUUGUUCAGUUUCAGAUUUCUCUGGUAUAUACACACUGGGCAGAUGAGUGGAGAAUAGUUGUUAGCAAAUGGAGCUGUCUGAACUAUAACACCUCCAAUGCAGACAGCUGCUUAGUUUUCUUUACCCACUUUAAAAUGGAAAGUAUGUUUAGGCUAGUCUGGGAAUUAAGAAUGAGACUGAGGUAUGAAUCAGAACAGUGAUGCUCUCACCAGUUGUAAAUUACAACUCUGUGCUAGAUGGUGGCCUUUUAAUUGCUAAGGGUUUCUUCUUUCUACCCAGUAAAAAAAACAAACACGAUUCAUAACUGGGUAUAUGUUAUUUAUGUUUGGCAGGUGAGACAAGGAAGGGUUUUGAUCUGGGCCGAAAUCUCUUUGAUGAAUAACUAAAUAUCAGAAUAAAAAACAUGUUGUUGCACAUACCAAGUGGCUGAAAUUAUGAGAAUUUUAGGCCCUUACCUCUUCUGCAUGCAUUUAAAAUGGCAGCUUACAGAUAUGUGGAUACUGAACAUUUCAUUUACAGUAAUUGGAAGGUGUAGCAUACAGUAGCUACAGGCUGGGCCUGCUUAUCUUGACUGGCUCAGAUAACGAGCUUUGAGACCAUACACCUCUAUUUAAGGACACCAAUCUUCAAUUCCAGACUGGUAAGAAAUAAGGUAUUUCUUACUAGAGCCAACAUCAAGGUGCUAGGAAGAGAAGAGAAAUAAAUUCACAAAGAUUCCGGAUAUAUUGUUUUAAGCUAGAACACAUACAGUACUAUAUAAUUUACACUAAACCCAUUGGAGAGAUGGUUCUCCUCAUUCUGAUUUGCAGUUUAGUUAUGCUUUCAAGAUGAAAAGCAUAUCCCUUGGAAGGAAAUGAGGCGUGUGAUGCAUUCAUAUAUGAUGCUUUCAUACCGGCCUGUUUUGAUAUUAAUCUAUAACGCAAUCUGUUGCACUAAUAAUGUUUACCACAAUCAUGAUGUUACCUAUACUAGUACCUCUAUCAAGUAUUAUUCUCCAACUUGUAAAAACAAAUUCUAUAUUACAGAUAAGGUAACCAGUAGUCUAGGUUAUUUUAAUACUUGUGAGAGUAAAACCUGUGUUUGGUAUAUAUUUAUGAUAAGUGAAGUGUGAAUAAUUGUGGGAUUUGCUAUUUUUAAUCAGUAUUUAUAGUUUUUUAAAACUCUAGUUUAUAAAGAUUUAAUCUGUUCUAAAUUAGCUUACAAAUUGACUGAGCAUUCCUUCUGGUUUUGCUGCUAGAAAGAAAGACAGAUGUGGUUUGAAAAGUUACAAAAUGCUUCACUGGGACAAGCAUUUAUUUUUUACUUUUUUCAAAAUGUCUUAAUUUUUUUCCCCUGGCACACACACUGGCACAUGUAUAGGACCCAGAGUUAAGCAAAUGUGAGUUAAAGGUUUCAAGUAAAAUGUUCUUCCUCUAUUGUGGAAGGUCCCAAAAAAUGUAUUGUGGUACAGUAGGUGUAAUAUUAUCAGUUCAGUUUUUCUAACCUUGCUUGAAAUUAAAAAAUGUAAACACCGUUUAAAAAUGGAGGCUUUCCCCAGGCCUAGUCACAGUUUAAAAUAUGUUUCUUUUAUUCUCAUGCAAAACAUCUGUCAAGGUUUGUUCUGAAGUUUUCUGUUUUUAAAACUUAAAUAAUUAUUUUGGGGUUUUGCUUAUCCUGGGAAAAGACAAACUAAUACACAUUUAUCAUUUCCAUUUUUUCUUUAUUUCGUAACAUACGUAAGAUAAGAUAAGAUCCCUUUAUUAGCCAAAUACAAUUUG